AUGGAAGUCGGUGCUGUCGCGCCGCCGCAAGAACCCGACUGUGAGCCAGCAUCAAUCUCGCCGCAAGAGCGGCCUCAACAGGCGGCUAAUCAUUUUGCUCAGCUCUCUUUUCCAGAAGCACCGCCGCGAGAUGAGCCGGAUCGCCGGCUGUCGUGUUCGGCUCUUCAACAGGCUCAACUUUAUCUGCCCGCAGUCCCUGAUCCUCCUGCUACCUCUUUAUCGCAACAGGAUGGACACACUUCAGGUGAUUUUGUGGUUAGUACCCGCGACUUUGCCCUCAGCUGUCCUGGCCCUGCGCCCGCAGCGGCACCGCCCGGGGAGUUUCCCGACGAUGCGGCGCUGGAGGCGGAACUGGAGGACCUGUGGAAUUCGAUCCAAGGCGAAGUUCAGCCUGUUAAUGCUCAUGUAGGGAGUCAAGUCGGAGGGAACCGCCAGGGCGACAGCUUCAUUCUUCCGUCACAAAUUCCGGGCCAUCGCUACGCCAACUGCCAGACCAAUGCGUCCCUCCUUGUCCCCCGCCGCAUCGAUCACGACCAGACGCUGGCUGGAGAGCUUACUUACUUUAUCACCCUCAACCGCGCUUCCAAGAUAGAUACGCUCUACGGAUACCUCGAAUUGGGCGUCGGCGAGGGUAAGCGUCUUAGCAAUGAGAUGAAGAAACUUUUGAAGCAGCCGCCACUUAGUCAACUUACCGAUCAACCCGGCAAUAGCAGUUGCGGGCCCGGCGAGACCAAAAAGACUCUCAUCAACAUCUCAUUCUAUCUGUUGGUGUGCCAAGGAUGGGGAGACGCCUGGUUCGGCGAGAGUUGCAGCACGGCUAGUUCCCGCACUCUGUUUUGGCCCACAGAUUCUUCGAUCCUCCUCACUGGCUUCGUGAUGCUUCUCCACCGACAUUUCACAAACCAGAAGCAAAUGCGCCAAGCAGCCUUGCGUGCCAAUGCUCGGCACCGGGACUCCAUUACAAAUUCGACCCUCUCGUCACCAGCACCAUCGCGGUCCGCCACUGUCGAGCCGGUCAUCUCCCCGAGUACUCCGCCACCCACUCCAGAACCCCAAGGGCAAGCAAUCUUUGAAGCCCUAGCCAAGGACGUGGCUGCGGCCAAGAAGCGCAAACAUGCCGAGGCCAUCCUCAGCAUUGCCAGCCAAGAGGCUUACGAUCUUGAGCUUCCCGCAAAUGCCAAGCUCGAGUAUUACAUUUACAUCAAGGACAAGACUCUCGGCAUCGAUCUGGCUGCUCCGACGAAGUUUCGGCACACUGACUCUGUUAUCUCCCAUGGCGCCUUCUCCGGCAUCAAGGCGACCUUCGAAGCGGCGGGGCACACCCCGAUUUUCGAGAUUCAGACGCCGUUUGGGAGAAAAGCCAUCACGAGCGAAGAAGAAUGGGAGCAUGCUGUUCUCUCAAUCUACAACGUCAGGCGGUCGGGCGGCGUGGUGGAGGUCGAUGUUUUUGUCUGAGGGCGCUC